CAGCUGUCUUCGCAGUUCAUCAAGCUCAACUGACCCCUCUACCUUCGUCCCGCUCUCCAGGACCGGGCCUUGGGGCAGCGCUGUUCCGCAGCCGCCCUUACUCUGCCCCCCACCUCGCGGCCUCCCCUGCAGCACAGGGUCCUGCGUGUCCCCCACCCCUGCCCGGCAGUCCACCGCCUCCCCCUCUCCAGCCCAGGUCGCGGGAGCUGUCAAACCGGUAGCAGCAGAAGCAGCCCCCAGCCCAGCGUCUCCGCUUUUUCCUUUGUGUGCGCGCGCGAGCGGAGUUGGGGAGGAGGGAAAACGGGGAGGUCGCUCUGUCCGUCAGUCCGUCCGUCUGUCUGUCUCCCGCCGCCUCUGCCUGGUUGCUCCAGGGCGGCAGCUGGGAGCUGCGGGGGCGACGGUGCGAGCGACUCGGUCCCAACUGCGCGCGGGAGCGCGGACCCGCGCCGGGCUCGCCCGGAGCCUCACGGACGGUCCGGUCUGCACCCCUGCGCCCUGCCCGGGCUGCCACCCGGCCCCGACACCGCCGAGGAGCGUGCAGAGCCGCCAGGGGGACGGAAAGCACAAAUCAACCGCGGCGGCAGCAGCGCGUCAUCUGGCGGAGCAGGAAGUGCAGCGGAGUCCGGGCCGGUGCUCGCGCGUCCCCGGACUUGGCCAUGGGCGGGGGGCCGCGCGGGCUGCGGGCGGCCGGGCCAGGGCAGCGGCGGCGGCGCCGGCUCCGGGGCUGAGCGAGCAGCCACCCGCCGGGCGCUCCGACAUGGCCGCGUCCAGCAACUCCAGCCUGUCCGGCUCCUCCGUGUCCUCCGAUGCUGAGGAAUACCAGCCUCCAAUAUGGAAAUCUUACUUGUAUCAGUUACAACAAGAGGCCCCUCGUCCCAAGAGGAUCAUUUGUCCCGGGGAGGUGGAAAACAGACCAAAAUAUUAUGGAAGAGAGUUUCAUGGAAUCAUCUCACGGGAGCAGGCAGAUGAGCUCCUGGGAGGUGUGGAAGGUGCCUACAUUCUCAGAGAAAGUCAGCGUCAGCCAGGAUGCUACACGUUAGCUCUAAGGUUUGGAAAUCAGACUUUAAACUACAGGCUCUUCUACGAUGGCAAACACUUUGUGGGUGAGAAGAGGUUUGAAUCGAUUCAUGACCUGGUCACAGAUGGCUUGAUAACACUGUAUAUAGAAACAAAAGCUUCUGAAUACAUUUCCAAAAUGACCACAAACCCAAUUUAUGAACACAUUGGAUAUGCCACUUUACUCCGAGAAAAAGUAUCCAGAAGGCUGAGCAGGUCAAAAAAUGAAUCAAGAAAAGCAAGUGUCACAAAUGAAGAACACACAUCAGUUGAAAAGAUCUCCUCCCUGGUCCGAAGAGCUGCCCUCACGCACAAUGACAACCACUACAACUAUGAGAAGAUGCACAACUUUAAGGUCCACACCUUCCGAGGUCCACACUGGUGUGAAUACUGUGCUAACUUCAUGUGGGGGCUCAUAGCUCAAGGAGUCCGGUGUUCAGACUGUGGAUUGAAUGUACACAAACAAUGUUCCAAGUAUGUGCCCAAUGACUGCCAGCCCGAUCUCAAGAGAAUCAAGAAAGUGUACUGUUGUGAUCUCACAACACUUGUGAAGGCUCACAAUAGUCAGAGACCCAUGGUGGUAGACAUCUGCAUUCGGGAAAUUGAAGCAAGAGGGUUAAAAUCAGAAGGCCUUUACAGGGUGUCUGGAUUCACUGAACACAUUGAAGAUGUCAAAAUGGCAUUUGACAGAGAUGGUGAAAAGGCAGACAUAUCUGCCAACAUCUACCCAGACAUAAACAUCAUCACUGGAGCCCUCAAAUUGUAUUUCAGAGACUUACCAAUACCUGUCAUCACCUAUGAUACCUAUUCUAAAUUUAUAGAUGCUGCAAAAAUUCCCAAUGCUGAUGAGAGGCUGGAAGCAGUUCAUGAAGUGCUGAUGCUGUUGCCUCCUGCCCACUAUGAGACCCUUCGAUACCUAAUGAUCCACCUCAAGAAGGUGACCAUGAAUGAGAAGGAUAAUCUCAUGAAUGCCGAAAAUUUGGGGAUUGUGUUUGGCCCCACCUUAAUGAGACCCCCUGAGGACAGCACCCUCACCACCCUCCAUGACAUGCGGUACCAAAAGCUGAUUGUGCAGAUUUUAAUAGAAAAUGAAGAUGUUUUGUUCUAAUGUAUCAGGGAAAUGAGCUGAAUGGCCCAGGCCCCUUCAGAGUUGAUAAGCCUGAAGGAACAUUUCUCACAACAUUUCUUACACUUGAUUGGCUUUUCAAACAAGUGACAGAAUUUCCUGAACUGCAGUGGAUUGCCAAGUUGGCUACUGUGUCUCAUAGACACUCGUCUCCUCCAAGUGAGAGCAGCAAGUGUGAGGAUGCGAAUGCCCUGCCUUUUGGGUCUUGAUGUGCCUCUUAUGUAUGUCUGUUUUUCUGGAAGAGUGAUUAAUACAUCUUUCUUUAACUUAUUAAAACACAAGAUAGAUCUUCAAACUUCAGACUGAUCAGUGAUAAAGGGGAACUUAGUUCAUGGUGGUACUUGAUACAAUUACACAUUUUCCAUUUGCAGAAAAGACAAUUCUGUGUUAAAUGUUAAAUUAAACUUCUAUUGUAAAAUGUAUUUUUAAUUUUAGCUGCAAGAAUGUUAUUUUAUUUUAGCAAGUAGAGCCCAAUGCAGUGCAUUGAUUAUUACCCUGUGUUCCCUUGUCCUGCCUUGCUGUGAUAGCCUGGAAAAAUUUACCAUGAAUGCAGUAUUAUCUUGACAUAUCUCUGUUCUUAUCAGUGCUUUUCCAUGAAGUGUCACCUGCCACAUGUGUCUGCUCUUUGAUAGUUUUUGCUGUUAAGAACUGGCGUUUUGCUAUUGUAUGAUAUGUUUAUAGCAAUUAUAGGAUAGUCUGAAAAUCCACAAAUUUUCUUUACAUAAAAAUCCAAAGUAUACUUCAGAAUUGAUAAUUGGAUUUUUUCCAUAUCAUAUGUAUGUAUCUUAGAAUGGGCAGAAUGUGGGUUUUUUUCCAUAAAAUGAUUUGGGAACAGUGGUUAUAUUGGUGCCAUAAGAAAGUACACAUUUUCCCUCUUUUCUUUACAAGCAAACAUUCUGAACCUGUUCUGUCAAGUAAUAUUUUUUGCCAUAUUGCUGUAAGAAAAGUGAAUAUUUAGAAUAAUUAUUGAUUUUCCCAUUUUUUUGUUUUAUAAACAAGUCUAUUUUUUAAAAUAAGAAUAAGUUUGUUUUGUACAAAGAUUUGUUCCUCCUUGAUAAGCAAUGCUGUAUAGAUAAUAAUUUAACAUGAUUUUAUUACUAUAAUUCGAUCUUCUUGGUUAUAUUUGUCUUAGCGUGAGAUCUCCAUGCCAAGAUUUCUAUCUUUUGUAACAUAGAUAAAAUAUUUAAGACAUCAAAAACUAAAUCUAGGUCCCCUUUACCCCUUUAUAUCUAACUGUAGUAUCUCUUCCUCUGAUCAUGUGAUGACUCAUGCAGUUCCUUACUAGUCUUGCUUUUGAGUGGCCAGAAGAAAGUCGUUGUGUGGCAAGUGAGCUGAAGGAGGAGUGUGAUGCAAUUGUUGUCCUGGAAAGUGCUGGUGGACACCACUGGCACACAAUGGUUAAUAUGGUUCUGCUUGGUCCCUGCUAUUAUUAUUCCUCCCAAUGGUAUAGAUUUGUUGUUGUAGCUUAUGUACUUCUUGAUACUGUCAAAGAAUUAUCUGGAAAUGAUUUUAUUUUGUGAAGUGAACAAUACUUUGUAAUUUAUGAUAGUGUAAAUGGAAAGAAAAGCAUUAAAUGUAUUGAAUUCUUCUGUCUACCA